AUGAACCCACCUCCUCGUCAAACGAUCUCUGGCGAGAUGCCUUCUUUCCUCGCAUCCACCGUUCCGUCCUAUGGUCGUUCUCGAUCUCUACCGAUCGCAGCCACUGCUUCAGGAAGACGGGGAUCGGCAAUUGCGACAGCGAUAGGACUGCGCAAGAAGAAUGAAAUCGAUAUCAUUCUUGACGGCGAAGCAGACUUCAUCCACUCGUACUCUACAUACGACGAGAUCAAAGGUCAGGUCGAGAUCAAAUUCGAGAAAGACACCUCUUUUGACGACGUCUCCAUCACUUUCGAGGGCCAGAGUUUCACAUAUGUCGAAAGGAUCGCGACCACUGCUCCGACAACGGGUCGCACUACAGGAAGACACACCUUUUUGAAAGUCCAGCAGCCCAUUAGUGAAGGAUCCCUUCCUGAGAAUGGCAUGUUUGAGGCCGGAGUCACAUACACUGUUCCUUUCACAUUCGUGGUUCCUGAUUGCCUCCUGCCCUUCAUCUGCUCCCAUAAAGUUGACAAUGAGGAAAUCAGAAAGGAACAUACACAACUUCCCCCUAGCCUGGGUGAUCCCAGCGUUUCUGGGGACGGCCAUACACUCAUGGACGAUCUAGCACCCGAUAUGGCCAAGAUCACAUACAGUAUCAGAGCCAGAGUGACAAAAUGGAAUGCGGUUGGCAGACUAUUGGAACUAGCUGACAAGUCAGAACGUGUCAGAUUGGUCCCAGCACGAGAAGAAGCGCCUCCUUUAAAUGUCGAAGAAUCUGAAUCCGACCAUGUCCUCCGCAAGGAGAAGAGUGUUAAGAAAGGACUUUUCAAGAUCGGUAAAAUCGGCCGUUUGACUGCCGAAACAACCCAACCGAGAAGUCUUCGUCUUCCACACCCGCAGAAGCGACAGAUUGAGCCAAUUGCCUCCGUGACCACGGUCAAUUUGCGCUUCGACCCCUCAACCCCCGAUGACGUUCCUCCACAGCUGGAUGAGAUCGUGAGCAAGUUGAGGGUCUACACUUUCUUCGGAGCCGCCCCAUACAAAUUGAUACCAGAGAUUCGCAAGCACGACAACUGGUCUACUUUGCACGGCGUGUACCCAGAGACCGUUCCUUUAUCAUCACGGACUCUUUCGACCGUUUCCUGGGUUCGGCACUCCCCAUCAGAACGUGAGAGCUUCUCCUCAUCGGAUCUCUCCCGACGACCCUCAGUCUACUCUACAUCCUCUACAUCUUCUGUCCCCGAGCCUUCAUCAUCGUAUCAGGCAGGAUCCCCUUUCUACACCGCGAGUGUACUCGUUCCAAUCGCACUUCCCAAUCCAUCGAGCACCAGCCGACCCAAAAUCUUCGUGCCCACCUUCCACUCCUGCAUAGUCUCACGGACAUAUUCUGUCGAGUUGAACAUCUCUUUCCGAACUCCCGGGAGCAAUAUUUCCAGCAGCCAUGUUGUCUUGAAAUCCCCAAUCCAAAUCUCCUCAGAAGGAGGAACCCCACCGGCUCCACUACAGCAAUCAGAUGCAGCCAUCGUCGCAGAAAUCGAACAACAGUUUGGUCUUUACGAAGCUCGUCAACUUGAAGGACUCGGUCUGGGACUUGAAAGUCCUGUGUAUCAAGAAACCAAUUCCACCACUCCCUUAACGGGAACAAGGCAUUUAAGUCUCGCGAAUUCGGUCCAAACACCUGCUACAACGCCCACGCUACAAUCUGGUGUCGAUUCCACUGCACCCCCCGAGUACCGAGUCGGGUCUGGUUUCAAUACGUACAGUGCAAGGGAUAGGCCGGGAGGACCUAGAACUCAAAGCGUGAGUCUCACUGUCAAUGCACAACUCCCAUUGUGA